CCUCCAUUCUCGGCGCUCCAAGCUACGGCGAUGGUGUGACGGAAGAGCGUUUCGCGAGUGUGUGGAGAACCGCUUCUUCUCGGUUGAAGCUGCUUUUCGCCUUCCUUCGGCUCCUUCCCUUGGCGCUGCAGAGGAGGCGCUUCAAGGGAUACAGAGGAGCUCACAGCACCACCUGCCUAACUCCUCCUUUUUCAGAUACAUGGAUCAAAGGCUCUUAGCAGAUGUCAAGGAGCAUCAGAAUGGCAACUAUGUGCUGACAAGGGAUGCGGAAGACAACCAAUUGGGAAAGUUUGACAAACCCCUUCCAUGCUGUGGCUGUGGAAUUGGAUGGUUCUCUUUUUUGCUUGGAUUUGUAUUUCCAUUGAUGUGGUAUUAUGCCACAAUUCUCUAUUUUUGGAAGUACUACCACCAGGAUCCCAGAGAACGAGCAGGGCUCGCUGCCAAUGCGAUUGCCGCUAUGAUUUUCACAGUAGUGGCACUGAUUGUCGUAGCUGCUAUUCUGCUGUGAUCCUUGUUUCUGAGCACUUCCUUUGUUAUCACUCUCUCUGGUACCUUCCUUGGAGAAAAUUGCAAGCUCAUCUUCGCUAAGCUGAAGCAAUCCCAUUGUAAUCUUCUUGUUACAAUGGUAGAGAAUAGGUGUCUCAGAAGUAUCGUCGAUCUGUAAAAGAAGUUUAUCCUUGGGGCCCUCCAGUGUUGUAUAUAAUACAAAGUGUGUAGCAUAUGUUUAAGGUUAUGACCCCCUUGAAGUUCACGCUCGGGUACCUGUUCUGUAAUGCAUCUUGUAACUAUCUCAUAUAAAUGCAUCUGUAAAGUGGUGUGGAGGAACAUAUUUAAGAAUUGUGCUUAGUUUGUUGCCAAGAAAAAGUGUUACUAUUCAAAUCAGUUGCUUCUAAAUGUUUGUUUGAUGCCUUGAUGGUGGGUUUGGCACAGGAAAA